ACUUGCUUUGUUCUCUAUAUAUGGGCCAGGCACCACCAUGCUAGAAAUUCAUAGCCCUCCCUUUUCUUCUCCAUGCUUGCAGCCAAAAUGACCCAAGAUAAGCAAAACUUGACUGGAAUAUCAGAUUCUGGCAAGCACAUUUCUAUCUUCAAGAAAAACAAGAAACUCUUCUUAGUUAUUCUUGCUUCUUUGUUACUGGUUACCACUAUAAUUGCCAUUGUCGCUGGUGUAAAUUCACACAAGAGCAGCAAAAAUGAAGGUACUCAUGCCAUCCUCAAAUCCUCAUGCAGCUCCACUCUGUAUCCAGAAUUGUGCUACUCAGCUGUUGCCACUGUCCCUGGAGCCACUAGCAAUUUAGCUAGCCAAAAGGAUGUCAUUGAACUUUCCAUAAACCUCACUACCAAAGCUGUUCAACACAAUUUCUUUACCGUAGAAAAGCUCAUAGCCACCAAGAAACUCACCAAACGAGAAAAGACUGCUCUCCAUGAUUGUUUGGAGAUUAUUGACGAGACUCUUGAUGAGUUACACGAGGCUUUGGUGGAUCUAAAUGAGUACCCAAAGAACAAAUCUCUUAAAAAACAUACAGAUGACCUCAAAACCCUGUUGAGCUCUGCCAUAACCAACCAAGAAACAUGCUUGGAUGGUUUCUCUCAUGAUGAAGCAGAUAAAAAGGUGCGCAAAGCUUUGUUGAAGGGCCAAAUUCAUGUUGAAAAGAUGUGCAGUAAUGUAUUGGCAAUGAUCAAGAAUAUGACAGACACAGACGUUGCAAAUGAGCUCAAGACCACAAACAGGAAGCUCAUGCAGGAAAAAGAAGGUAAUGAAAGUGAGUGGCCGGAGUGGAUGUCAGUAGCAGACAGGAGGCUGUUGCAAUCCUCAUCAGUGACUCCGGAUGUGGUGGUGGCGGCUGAUGGAAGUGGGAAUUACAAGACAGUAUCAGCUGCAGUUGCUGCUGCACCAAAGAAAAGCAGCAAAAGGUACAUAAUUCGUAUCAAGGCAGGUGUUUACAGGGAAAAUGUGGAUGUACCAAAGGAUAAGACAAACAUAAUGUUUAUGGGAGAUGGAAGAAAAACAACUAUCAUUACAGCAAGUAGGAAUGUGGUUGAUGGUAGCACAACCUUCAACUCUGCUACAGUUGCUGCUGUGGGUCAAGGAUUCCUAGCCCGAGGCAUAACUUUCCAAAACACAGCUGGUCCCUCGAAGCACCAAGCCGUGGCGCUAAGGGUCGGGUCUGACCUUUCAGCGUUUUACGAUUGUGACAUGCUAGCCUACCAAGACACCCUCUACGUCCAUUCAAAUCGUCAAUUUUUCAUUAACUGCCUCGUAGCAGGCACGGUUGACUUCAUUUUUGGCAAUGCUGCGGUUGUUUUACAAGAUUGUGACAUCCAUGCUCGCCGUCCCAACUCAGGUCAAAAGAAUAUGGUCACGGCCCAAGGCCGGACGGACCCUAAUCAAAACACUGGCAUUGUGAUUCAAAAGAGCAGGAUCGGCGCCACCUCUGAUUUACAGCCUGUUAAGAGCAGUUUCCCGACGUAUCUUGGUAGACCCUGGAAGGAGUACUCGAGGACUGUCAUCAUGCAAUCAUCCAUAACCGAUGUAAUACAACCAGCCGGGUGGUCCGAAUGGAGUGGAAGUUUUGCACUGAACACGUUAUAUUAUGCAGAGUAUCAGAACUCGGGGGCUGGUGCUGGGACCUCUAGAAGGGUAACCUGGAAAGGAUACAGAGUGAUUACAAGUGCAACGGAGGCUCAAAGAUUUACUCCUGGCAAUUUCAUUGCUGGCAGUAGCUGGUUGAGGUCGACUACCUUCCCUUUCUCCCUUGGCUUGUAAACUAUAAGUGUUCUUCAUGGUAUAGCACGAUAUAUAUUUCACCUGUACUGUUAGUAAUGGUGAGUGAGUGUCUUGUGCAUCCCAUGUAUGGUUCGGCUUCAAUUAACGAAGCAAAACUCAAUAAGAGGACGUGUUCUCAGA